AUGGACUCUUCCAAUUCUACCCCUCGCCAUCAUCACCACCGUUCAUCAGAACGUCGAACCACUCCCCGAAUCUCUCCCCUAUCCCGCAUUGGUGAAAUAACCGCCACGGAACCUCUUCGUAUAUCACUCGACCUCGAUCAAUCACCAACCGCCGCCAAAAAACCAUCAUCAUCGCCCUCACCGCUGUCUCUUCUCCGAUCUCCAACUCGCUGUUUUCCACUCAGGGAGCUUCUCCUCAUGUCUCCUCCAUCUUCCAGAAAAUCCAAGCCGAGGUUUGACGACGAGAUGCAUGAGUCCAAUAGUCUAAGACGGAGGUGUAGGGCGGCUCUGUCUUCUCCGAGAAGCUCCCGGAGAUCGCGGAGACGUCAAGAAGUUGAAGUUAGGGAAGAAAAGGAGAUUGUAUUGAUGGAUGAAAUUGGAAAACAGAGGAAGAGAAGAAACAGCAAGAAGGAUAAACUCAGUUUGGUUCCUUUUCAACCACCAAAAGGGGAAGAAGUGAAUAGAGGUGAUUUGGAUCGCAUUGGAAUGUUGAUUGCUGAAUUAAUCAUGUGGAAAGAUGUGCAAAAAUCAACCUUUUGGUUUGGGUUUGGAUCUCUUUGUUUCUUGUCUUCUUGCUUCACUAAAGGGAUCAACUUUAGCCUUUUCUCUGCUAUCUCACAAUUGGCAAUUCUAUUUUUGGCGGUUUCUUUUAUCUCAAAUUCUAUUUGUCAAAGAGACCCAGAAGUUAAGCAGAGGAGUUAUGCCAAACUGAAAGAAGAUGAUAUUUUGCGUCUUGCGAAAUUGAUUCUUCCUGCUUUGAAUUUUGCAAUUUUGAAGACGAAAGGGCUGUUCUCUGGAGAACCAUCCAUGACACUAAAAGUAGCUCCUUUUCUUCUACUAGGAGCUCGGUAUGGCCAUCUUAUUACAAUUUGGAGGCUUAGUGCCAUUGGAUUUUUUGUCAGCUUCAGUGUACCAAAGCUUUAUUCAUGCUACUUUGUUCAGAUCAAUCAGCGAGCUGAAUGCUUGAAAUUGCGAUUGUUGGACACAUGGAGUGCUUGCAGUUACAAGAAGAUAGUGGUCGUGUCGGCCCUUAUUACCUUUUGGAAUCUGUCUUCUACAAAGACUCGAAUCUGCACAGGAUUUUUAUUGGUUGUAAUAUUCAGAUACAUUCAACAAAAUGUCCUACAAAAAGUAGAAGACGGAGAAGCAUAUGCGGCAGACAAGGAACAGCGACAGGUAUCGUUAGUUGCAGAACCAGUGGAUGAGAAACCACAUCAGGCACGACUAGUUGCUGCUGCCUAA